CUCCUAAAGAUACACGUCAUGGGCCUUCCAAACCUAAAACCUCACCCAGUCCACGUGUUCCUCCAACUAGAGCAAGUCCAAAAGAAAGCCGACGAGUCUCUUCCAAGCCCAGAGCAUCACCAAGUCCAGAUGUGCUACACCAAAAACCUGUUUUGACACCUACUCCCUUUACAGUUGAACAACCAAAGACAGAAACAGCUCCAACUGAAAAACAGUUUAUUCAUACCAAACCAAAAACAUCUGGAAUACCAAGAGUGCCACACACCAAACCUGCUCCAAAAGAAACACCGCUCAUUCCUUCCAAACCCAAACCAUCUGUCAAGCCAGAAGUCUCACAGACUAAACCUGCUCCAAGGGGAACUCACCUGGGAUCAAUCAACCUCAUAACCGUUCAUGUUGUGGAUGGAUCCAAAAUGACUUUGGUUCCCAAUGAAACGUACCAGAUUUCACCCAAACCCAAAACUGCCUCAGCAACUGAAAUUCCACGGCUCAGUUCAGCUCUUGGUGAAACCACCCUUGCACCAGCUAAAGCAAAAACACCUGGACUGCCAAAGUGGAUUGUGCCAACGACAGAUGAUGUAUAUGCACCUGAGGAUAUCACCAGACAAACUGGCAUGGAUGUGAAAAAACCUUGGCAAUAUAGUGACACCUGGGAAAAGCCUAUUCAUGCAACGACGUCUCCUGGCCCUCAGCAUCCACCUGUACCUCAUGCCAAGCCUACACCAAUGCGAAGAAAACCUCUGCCUCCCAACACUGUGACUGGUAAACCAGGUGGUCCAGCUAAACCUGCUGGACCAACACCACCUGUUAGGACAGGAACAUCAUAUAAGAUGCCAACAGCUUUUGCAACCCCAGAAUAUUAUGUUGAUGCAACAGUCUUCAGCUCAAGUCCUACAUCAGAAACAGAUUCUUCAGGCAAACCAAGGUACCAAGCUCCCCACGUCAAGUACAUGAAGAAAGAUGAUGAUGUGCCUUGUUCUAUCACAAGCUCUCUUGAACAUUUUCCUCAAGAAGAAGCUGGCAGCAAGGAAGAAGCAACUCGUCCUCCACAAAAUCCUCCAACCAACCUCACAGUGGUGACUGUUGAGGGCUGUCCAACUUUUGUCAUUUUGGACUGGGAAAAACCAGACAAUGACACUGUUACUGAGUAUGUGGUCGUGUCAACUGAAAAUGGAACCAGUGAUGGUGAAAAGGAGAAAUCGAUUAUCACUACAAAUCAAACCCAUUCUACUGUGGAAAACCUAAAACCUAACACAAGUUAUGAAUUCCACGUGAAACCUCGAAACCCUCUUGGUGAAGGUCCAAGUAGCAAUGUCGUGGCAUUCAGUACUGAGUCAGCGGACCCAAGAGUGAGCGAGCCAAUUUCAAUGGGAAAGGAUGCUAUCUGGACUGAAAUCCCCUUCAACUCAGACACCUAUUCAGAAUGCAAAGGGAAACAAUAUGUAAAGAGGACUUGGUACAAGAAGUUUGUAGGCGUGCAGCUUUGUAACUCUUUGAGAUACAAGAUAUACCUCAGUGAUUCACUUACAGGAAAAUUUUAUAACAUAGGAGACCAAAGGGGCCAUGGAGAAGAUCACUGCCAAUUUGUAGACUCAUUCUUAGAUGGAAGGACAGGACAGCAAGAAGAUCUACCAGUUAAAGAUGGAUUUUUCAGGGCAGUUCGUCAGGAACCUGUCAAAUUUGGAAAGAUAGGCGGGGAGACCCAAAUUAACUACGUUCGCUGGUACGAGUGUGGCACGUCGAUCCCUGGGAAAUGGUAGAUGGGAGAUGAACUUGGUGAAAAGGCCCAGCACUUCCCACCCCUGCCCAGCUGCCCAAGGCAGGCUCAGAGAUGGAAAUGUUUAUGGUCUGCCUGGCACUUCAGUUCCCUGGUGUGCAAGGGUUUAUGCAAGUCCAAUGCCAAUACUGCAUUAAUUGUGUAAUAGCGUUAGGCUGCUUACUGUAGUUAUCCUGUUUGACAAAUUUUAGAUGAAAAGAAAAAUCCCAGACAGGCUAGGGACAUGUUGUAGGAUAAUGUAUAGGGAAGCUGGCUCCCUAUUCUUGAGGUAUGGUUUCUAUGGUAUUUUAAAAGAUACGGUGUGUAUAUUAUUUAUCAUCAUGUUGUAAUAAA